AUGUCAUCUGUUGAUGUACCUACAAUUAAUUUUGAUCCAGUUCAAGCAAAUUCUACUUCUCCUCAUGGACAAUAUACGAUGUUUCAUCAAGCGUAUAAACGAUUGCAUAGUCUUGCACAUGAACUAUCUCGAAGUAAAUACGAUCGUUUAUGGCUUGCACAAUAUCUCGGAAUGUUUAGUAUUGAUCAAGAUGGACCCUAUCGUGAUUCAAUAUCAUGUAUUUGUGAUGAUAUAUGCAGUACACGAUUACCAUUGUUUAUUUUGUGUCCUAAUGGACGAACCAAUAGUGGUCUAAAAUCGUGA